UUUUGCAUUGAAAGUUGAUAUAUUUCUAUUUUUCUAACUUUUUUUCGUCACUGCGAUAUUUAUAACUACAAAAAAUCCCGUGUCGCAAAAUGAUGCGUAUUAAAUACGUGACGGAAGUGCGAAAGUCCAUUUGGGACACCCUUCGUCACUCGCCCCGCCCCGCCUUGCCAGCGCUUUCAUGAGCAGGGCCCCGUUUCCAGGUGAUGUUGCGGUAAAGAUGGACCCCGGUGUAACAGGCAAUAUGGUAGCGGGGCUACCCGUAACUGCGCUGUGUCGGGGUUAAUCGCAGAUCCUCUUUGUUCGUGGGAAGAGCUAAAAAGGGACAGUAAAGUCACAAUCAAAAUGUCCACCUCCCGGAGAAUUUAAAACUGCGCCUGGGAAUACACGUUUUCUAAUCAUGGCCGGACUGAUCAAGAAGCAGAUCCUGAAACAUCUCUCAAGGUUUGCGAAGAACCUUUCUCCAGACAAGAUCAAUCUGAGCACUCUGAAAGGGGAGGGCCAGCUGACCAACCUGGAGCUGGAUGAGGAAGUUCUGCAGAACAUGCUGGACCUGCCCACCUGGCUGGCCAUCAACAAGGUGUGCUGCAACAAGGCCGCCAUACGGAUCCCAUGGACCAAGCUGAAGACCCAUCCAAUCUCCUUGUCACUUGACAAAGUAGUCAUGGAGAUGAGCACAUGUGAUGAGCCCCGGCCGCCCAAUGGGCCGUCUCCCAUAGCAACAGCAUCGGGUCAGAGUGAAUAUGGCUUCGCCGAAAAGGUGGUGGAGGGCAUUUCUCUGUCCAUCAACUCCAUCGUGAUCCGCAUCAGCGCCAAGGCUUUCAAUGCCUCCUUCGAGCUGUCGCAGCUGCAGGUCUACAGCGUGAACACCAGCUGGGUGACCAGCGACCUCAGGUUCACCCGCAUCCAGGACCCACAGCGUGGAGAGAUCCUGACCUUCAAAGAGAUCAGCUGGCAGAUGAUCCGCAUCGAGGCCGACGCCAUCCAGAGCGGCGAUGUGGAGGUGCUGAGCGCCCCCAUCAGACUCAUCACCAACCAGUCCAAGAUCCGAGUCACGCUGAAGAGACGGAUGAAGGACUGCAACGUCGUGGCCUCCAAGUUGAUCCUCAUCUUGGACGACCUGCUGUGGGUUCUGACGGACUCGCAGCUCAAGGCCAUGGUCCAGUACGCCAAGUCCCUCAGCGAGGCCAUGGAGAAGUCGGCCCAGCAGAGGAAGAGCACAGCUUCGGAGUCCUCGCAGGGCGCAGCCUCUGUCGCCUCGUCGCAGCAGGUGCGGACGCAGCAGUCGACGGUGGCGGCAGACCAGAACGCCGCCAUGGCCAAGCUCUUCAACGCCUACGACGUGCGUGAGACGUCCCACCACCUGCAGAUCACCCACCUGGACCUGCACAUCUGUGACGAUGUCCACAUUAAGGACAGAGUGAUUGAUAAACGCAUCGCAGGUGGAGCCAUGCAGUUGUCCUUCAGUCUCAUCACCGUCGAUUACUACCCCUUUCACAGAGCAGACUCUGACUCAGACUCCACCCCCGGGGAGAACGCCAGGGCCCGGCUGAAGCUCCUCGCAGCAGCAGGAGAGACAUGCCAGCACUGGAUGCACUACGGCGAGGCGACCAAGGCGCGGGAGAGCUGGGCGCAGGCCCUGCUGGACGAUUUCAAGGCCAAUGUGGAGAUGCUGAAGAACGCUGUGAAGGACCAGCAGAGUCUGGGCUCCCCCCCCCACGGCUCCCCUCAGCACGGGAAGAUCUCCACUACAUCCACAAGUUCAUUCACCCCCCCGGCCCAGAUGCCCAAGGCAAUGCUCAUGUCCAGCUCCAUCGUGCUUAGGAUGGCUGACUUCAGCAUCUACCAGGUUUCCACAGCCGAGCAGCGCCGAUCCAGCCCCAAGACCAUGAUCUCCUGCAACAAGAAGUCCCUCUACCUGCCCCAGGAGAUGCCUGCCAUCCACGUGGAGUUCACAGAGUACUACUUCCCUGAUGGCAAAGAUUAUCCCAUUCCAUGCCCCAACCUGUACGCACAGCUGAACGCCCUGCAGCUGGUCCUGGACACACGCAGCCUGGUCUGGUUAAACCAGUUUGCACUGGACCUGCAACAGAGCUUGGAGCAGUUUGUGCAGCUCUACAAGCUGGACGAUUCGCAGAAGCCCGACGAGCACGUCGACGUCAAAGUGGAUGGACUCAUGCUGAAGCUGGUGGUCCCCAUAGAGAAGGACACGUCAGGUUCUGCGGAGAUGCCGGGCUCCGUGUCCAUCCAGACGUCGGAGAUGGUGGCAACGAACACGCGUCACGCUGCCGGCUGCAGCCGCUCCUGCCUCGAGUCACUGCUGCAGGACUUCCAGGGGGAGGAGUUUUUUGGCCGUGGCCACGCCUCCUUCCCCCACCCGGCCAAUGCCUUCCACGUGCUGCAUCCCGCCUUCUUGCGGCACGCGCACGAGCGCGACACAUGGCUACACGACGUCUACCGGGGGCUGGCCCCGCCAUCGCUAACCGGCCACUCCCUCAAGACGCCUGCCGCCGCCGACCUCUGGGCCCUGCGAUUUGCCCAGUUCUGGGCCGACUUCGAGGGCCGCGGUGGUGGGCGUGGCAGACCGGUGCCAUUCGUCGACUCCUUCCCGCUGGCCCUCUGGGUUUGCUACCCCGCCCGUUUCGCCCGCUACAAGGAGCAGCAGCAGCAGGCAGCGGUGGCCCCGGGGCCCCCUAAGGGCCUUGCGCGCAGUGAGUCCGUGGAGAUGGCUGACCGCAUGCACCGCAAGAGGCUGCUGAAGGAAUAUUAUGGUGCCAAUGGCAUCCCGCCUGGCCCUUCACCCUCUUCCUCCUCCUCCUCCUCCUCCUCCUCAUUGCCAGCUGACGCCGAUGUCCAUGUGCUGGUGCAUGUGCAGAAGCACCUCAGUGCCCAGCUGAGCCACCCUCAGUACGUCUCCUUGCUUCGCCUCCUGCGCUCCUUCAAGUCGCUGCAGCAGACGCUGCAGCAGGACCGCAAGCUGGUGGAUGCCCGGCGCCCCGACCGGCAGGACUGCGACCGCGCCAAGCCGCUCGACGUCUGCAUGGGCUGGCUGCUGCAGAGCGCUGAGGUGGCCCUGCUGAUGCAGCCCGUCCCAACCUCCUCUGACAGAGCCCCUUCAGACAAUGCCAGCCCCCUGGGAUCUGACCUGUCCCCCUCUGACGUGAAGGGCUCCUGUGCCCCGGGGGCGGAAGAGCCUCCGCCCUCUGCUGACGAGCUGCUGUGCUGCGGCCCGAGUGAGGGCGAGAAACCCCUGCAAGGCCCCUCUCCCCUCCAGCCCCUGAAGGUGCCCCCUGACGGUGAGGAGGGGAAUGAGGCUGCUGGACCAGGCGAGAAGCGGGACUCAGAUAGCCUGCCGGAGCCCCCGGCCUCGGAGGACGCAGCUGCCGAUGCGGAGCAGCUCCCCAGAGCCGAGCGACCCGCCCCGAGGGAGGGGACAGAGAGCAGAGACCGGCCGCCGGGGGCCCGGCUGCCCCAGUCCGUGUCCAGUUUGUCGUCUGAUUACUCCUCUCCUGGUCUCUGUGGCGCCCGCAGCGGGCGGCUCAUCCGGGACCGAUCCCAGUCCAGCUUCUCCGUCUCCUACAAGAACAUGAAGAAGAGCCCCUCACUGCACUCCUUGGACAACGUCUCCAUCGACAGCUACCAGCUGGAGGAGCAGGGCCUGGAGGACAGCGAUUCGUACAGCCUUUUGGACCGAGAAGGCGCCGGGGACGAUACGUCCAUAACUGGCUUCAAGGACACGCUGAGCGACCAGAGCGGGGCGGAGAGCGCCAAUGAGGCCCUCAGCCAUGACGUGACCAUGUCGCCAGAUGCCGUCAGCGCCACCUCGCAGAGCACCGAUGACCCCGCCAGGGACCUGGUGUCGGUGCUGGUGCUGAAGCUUCAGUCCCUGUGUGGCGCCCUGGACGUGCAAGGGGAGAGCACAACCGUGUCGCUGGAGCUGGGCCAGGUGCUGCCCGUCCAGGUGGGCAACGUCAGCGUGCGCCAGUACCUCAGCAACCGGAGCCUGGGGGCGGGGCCGACGGUGACCCCAGCGGCCAGGAAGUCACGGCCAGAGGUGCAGGUGAAGCUGGAGAGCGGCCUGAGCGCGGCGACUCACUCCCCGCUGGCUGCGCACAAUGGCUUCCUGCAGGCAGGCCUGCAGGAACUGAGUGCUGACUUCCUCACAUCCUCCCUGCGCAGCCUGGCCCGCUUCCUGGUGGACGACAACUCCACCGGUCAGGUCCUGCCGAUGCGGAUCAGCAUCUCCAACACGCGAGUCAACCUGCAGGACGACAGUCCCCGCGAUGGUGUCUCUGAUGCCGAAUCCAAGCCCGUCGUGCUGCACAUCGAUAACCUGCUGAUCCACCGGAGAGACGACGGCUCCUUCUCCAUCGGAGGGGACCAGCCUUCAGGGGCGGGGCUUAAAAGCGGCGUCCACGUGGACGGCGGGAGCCUGCGCGGCCUCGCCGAGGCCGUUGCCGGGGUGGCCGCGGCAUCCCGAGGUACACAGACCGCCCCGCCGCUCACGGGGGAAGCUGACGGCGGCGGCAGCAAAGAGCAGCUGCUGCAGGAGGAGAAUGAUUGCUUGAAACUGGAGCUCUCCAGAGCCAAGAUGGCACUGGCCGAAGCUCAGAUGGAGAAGGACUCGCUGCUUCACCGCAUGAAAGCUUUGAAACUGACGACCGGGGACAACAGCUAAUCGUGGUGCCGGGGCAGGGAGGGCCGUCGGGCCAGGCGUGGUGACAGAUGCUGCCGCUGUGGCCCCCUGCUGGACCCCUAAGGCCACAGCACAUCUCUGGUGCUUUUGUGUGGUAGUUCGGCCUGUUUUCUGUCCCACACUGCCUCCCUGCGCUGUCCCAGGAGCCUCUGUGUGAUGAAGAGGCAGCGUUUCUCUUGCGUACACACACACAAACACACACACCCCCCUUCAGCUACGUCAGUGUUUGACUUUUCUGACCGUCUUAGCAAAGCUGCUACUGCCUCCUGCUGGUGAAUCAGCUGCAGGAUGGCGUUCCACACGUCUGAGUUGCAGUGGGUGGGGGUGGUUGGGGGGGGGUAGGGGUAGCGAACUCCUGACUUUUGGGAAAAGAAGACAGGGUCCCUCUACCCGUAGCACAUAGGAUGACAAAGGGGUUGGGGGUGGGGAAAAAUGUCACAUUGCUCACAUGCCUUUGAAGGAAUGUCACAAAGGAGACGAUUUGCACUGUACUGAAAUACAUCAUGUUCUUAAUACUUUUAAAAUAAUGACAGAUAGCAGUUUAGCUCUUAAAUUGUUCUAGAUAGAUACGUUGUAGUUUGAUGAGAAACUUGUGUGCAGAAUGUCUGUUUUUUUCUAAAGAUUUCUGAUUACAGGAGUGUGGGGGGGUCGCAGCGUCAGCCGCCACGCAGCUCUGCCAGACGCCGUGUUACGUUCUUAUGCGUAUGCUUUCGUUUUCACAUACAGCACACGCGUACGUACAUGCCGGUUUCCUGUUAGAGCGUUUUAGUAAAAUAUCUAUACUAAUUCCAGAUUUGCACUUUAAGAACAAAUAAAACUGAGCCGCAGGGAACACUAACGUGCUGAGAGCUGGCCGUCCAAUGAGGGGAGGGAAUUCGGGUGGCAUGAUGACCUCAGAAGGGUGGGGGGGGGCGGUAUACACUCAACAGCAUCUUCCCGUUAUGUUGUGCCCAGCUCGAGUCUGACACCCACCUUGUUGAACCAUACUAUGGCAGUGAAAGGGCCAGUCUGCUAUUCACACUACGACAGCGGGACGGAAGGAUUGAAAGCCCUUGAAACUGAAUCUCCCCUUAUCCAUUCUAAAAAAAACUGGUUUUUUUUUGUGUAAUGCAAAGGAAGCUGCCUGAUGGGCCUCAACCAAGGCUUCUUAAGUGCCUCCCUCUCUAGAACCUUGAUGGAGAACCUGGAACGGUGUCUUGCAGCAGGGAACCCGGGGCGUAAGUCUGUCUUGAACGGUGCUGGAAGAUUUGGCGCAGCAUCCCUCUAUAGAGCCGUAAUGGAUGAGCAGGCGCUGUCUCUCCCUGUUGAGUUGCAAUGUAGAAGCUGGCAAACUGUGCCACUGUAGAGCCAAAAUGGAGGACUGCGGGCCAUCUGUGUCUGUUUAGUCGCGAUGGGGGGAUCUGCCACCGAGUCGUGUUAUAAAGCACCAAUGGAGGAUUUGGCACAGAGAUUCCUUUUCUGCUGAGGGCCUGAAUGUGCUGCAAAGAAAGCCCAACCAAGCUUGAUUUACAGUAUUCUUUUUAAAUAGAAUCCAGACCGACUUCUAAAAGCAUGGACGACCUGAAGUGGCAGGGAAGGAUAAAACACUACAAUUGCAUAAAGACUGAGGGAGGAGUUUGUUCCCGUUUCCUGUGAUUAUAGCCACUCCCCAUAAUCAUAAUGUUGUUCUGUUUGUUACCUCUAGGCAGUGGGAUAAUCACACGUUGCAAAAAUAAUGUAAUAUUUUGUCUGUUAAAACUGCAGAAUCUUGUAAAAAUAAAAGGCUAUCCAAUCUGG